CCCUCCUAUUUCUCCUCCGAUCCAGUAUGGCGAGCAAGGCGCCCAUAGUUGUUCCUGCGCUGAAGCGACACACGGCGACUGUCAUCGUAGCGCACGGUUUGGGCGACAGCGGGGUUGGCUGGCUAUUCCUCGCGGAGAACUGGCGGCGACGAAGCAAGUUCGAGGAAGUCGCGUUCAUCUUUCCACAUGCGCCGAACAUCCCCAUCACGCUGAAUAUGGGAAUGCGAAUGCCUGGAUGGUACGAUAUCAAGAGCCUGACUGACAUAUCGGGUCGCGCGGAAGACGAAGAAGGCAUCCUCAAGUCGCGCGACUACUUCCACUCCCUCAUCGAUGCCGAGGUCGCAAAGGGCAUUCCCGCAAACCGCGUCGUCGUCGGAGGCUUCUCACAAGGAGGUGCCCUGGCUCUGCUGUCCGGCCUCACAUACAAGAACCAACUGGGUGGCAUCUUUGGGUUGAGCUGCUACUUGCCCCUGCAGAAGAAGAUCAGGGACAUGAUUCCGGCGGAUAGCCCGAACAAGAACACGGCGAUUUUUAUGGGCCAUGGAGACGCGGAUGAAGUGAUCCAACACAAGUUUGGCAAGCUGAGCGUGGAUGAGCUUACAAAGCUGGGAUGCAAGGUCGACUUCAGGACAUACGAGGGCCUUGCCCAUUCCGCAGACCCCGACGAGAUCGACCACCUCGAGUCUUACUUGAAUCAGCAAAUUCCCGCACUUGCGGAUGAGAAGAAGUCUGAAACCUCGCUUUGACUAACUCAUAAGCUCUAUUACCCAACCUCCGCUGAGCUGAUAACAGCACUGGUCGUAAUUGUCACUUUGGCUAUCGUAUGGAUUGCUUGGCUCAAGAAACGGGACGAUAAACGAACGGAUAGAUAGCUAGCCUAUUCCUCAAGGAGAAGGCUUGGGUGCUGGUCGGUUUCAAGUCCGUCGAGAAGGCCCUGGUGGCGUGACAUGGACCUUCGCGCGUGGUAGUUCCGGAUAGGCUUAGACACAAGGUAGAUGAAUCCCAUUCAGUCAUUCCUAUCUC